AGAUCGGCUGCGGGAGCCGGGGACUGCGGGACUGGCAGGAGAGGCGUGCGCGCGGGUGUUCGACUGGAGAUCCCGGUAGAAGCAGAGCCCGGCGGACCUGAGCAGCCAUGCUUCCCGGGGUGGGCGUGUUCGGCACCAGCCUCACGGCCCGUGUCAUCAUCCCGCUGCUGAAAGAUGAGGGCUUCGCGGUAAAGGCGCUGUGGGGCCGCACGCAGGAAGAAGCCGAGGAGCUGGCCAAGGAGAUGAGUGUUCCUUUCUACACUAGCCGCAUCGACGAGGUGCUGCUGCACCAGGAUGUAGACUUGGUGUGCAUCAACCUGCCGCCGCCGCUCACCAGGCAGAUCGCUGUCAAAACGCUGGGUGAGCGACCCCUCCCCCAGCCCUCUCCUCUUUAGCCUGGGUCUUCGCUUCGCGCCCUCUCCAAUUGCAGAAGCGUGCACCCCAGGGAUUCCAAACCUAUGCAUGU